ACAUCACAUGCGCACAGUGAUGACGCGGCAGGCGUGCUCAUAGCUUGCGACGUGCAUGUUAUUCUUCGUGGAGGUUCAUUUGGCUCUAAAGUGUUAAAGUAUUUACAGCAAACCCCAAUUUUGUUCUUCGACAGAAUGUCUUGCCACGACGAGGACUGCUCGACGGAUCAUGGACUAGCUGGUCAAUCCAAGCUGGAGAGCUUCCUGUUCAGCUGCGAGCUGUCCACUAAAGUCCCUUUCUACACUUUCCAAGGAGAUGAAGAGGAGGACCUGGAGCACUUCCUUGAACUCAGAACAGUUUGUUUGGGAGAGGGUGCCAAAGAGGAGACGAAUGUGGUGGAGGUCACGGCCAUGAACCACCAAGGAAAGACCAUUUCAGUGCCCAUCGCCAACCUUCACCUCAAGUGUCUGCCCAUGGUGAGUCUGGGCGAGUUUGAGCUGAAGGCCCCGGUGACUGUCCGGCUCAAGGCUGGGACAGGACCGGUUACUGUCAGCGGGUUACACCUCAUAGCCUCACAGGUCGAAGAGUCGGACCUGUCUGAGGAUGACGACGAUGAGGACGAUGAGGACGAGGAGGAAGAGAUCACCCCCAUUAAACCAGCAAAGAAGAAGCAGCAGAAGCAGUAGGAGGAGGAGAGGUCAACGACUCGCUGAUAUGUUUUUAAGAAAAUAACAGUUUUUUGUACCGGACGGACACAUUUUACAAAGUUGCUACUUCUUCCACACGGCCGAGUGAAUGCUUAGUGUGGCGGCAGCUGAACACGCUGUUACAGGAAGUGACAUCAUGACGGGCUCUGACGUUGUCACUUCUCCACCUGUCAGUUUGUCACAGCGAGCACUUAGUCUCAGCGGUGUAUUUACCUGCAGCUAAGACAUUCACUUCUAGAAGAACUGUUUAUUAAAUGCUACCCAGUGUUUUAUACUGUAUAUGAUACAGUCACCACUGACAUGAGUUUAUUGCACCAGUGGUGGGAAAUGUGUCUUUUUACCACCAGUGGAUUCUGGUGUUGUUUAUAGACACUGUUCUUGUAAAAUCAUAUUGUGUGUGUGUACUUCAGACAAAAAAAGAAGAGUUUCCAGAUGAAUUGUGAUUCCACCUGAAUGGUGCAAUCAGACGACUUGCAUACAUACAGUUUAUUAAAUGUUCUCUAUGCACUCAGACUAUCUCCAUUUCCACUUGUUGUAGUGAUGAUCAUAAAUGUGAAGAUUUUGUACUUACAGUGAAUGCAUCGAGAAACUUUUUUUUUUAUCUCCCUUUUGAAAUCCUAAAUAUAACCUUAAUUUUUAGCUUAUUACAUUUAAAUGAUACCAUUUAUGUAUCUACACAUGUCACUGAAAAUUAGUGCCUUCUUUGAAACCUGCAGUAAUUAGGUUGUAAUGUAGACACAUGUAUUGCAUUGUGCUUAAGUCAAUUUCAAUCUAUUCUUAAACACAGCACUGUUUAUUUGUUUUUUUUAAAGCCCCUGCAAAUUAUGUUUGCAAUUCCAAUGUACAUCACUAACUCGCCAUGAUUAAACAAAAUUAAAUAUCAGAGAAAGAUGCAUAA